UGAGGCAGCGGGGGUGGGGAUCGGUUCGGGGGAGGCCUGGGGCCGCUCGCUGGUGCGCUGUCUCCGCCGCCCCCCCUUUCGCCGCCGCCGCCGCCGCCGCCCCGGGCAUGUCGUCCAACUGCACCAGCACCACGGCGGUGGCGGUGGCGCCGCUCAGCGCCAGCAAAACCAAGACCAAGAAGAAGCAUUUCGUGUGCCAGAAAGUGAAGCUAUUCCGGGCCAGCGAGCCGAUUCUCAGCGUCCUGAUGUGGGGGGUGAACCACACGAUCAAUGAGCUGAGCAAUGUCCCUGUCCCUGUCAUGCUAAUGCCAGAUGACUUCAAAGCUUAUAGCAAGAUCAAGGUGGACAAUCAUCUCUUCAAUAAGGAAAACCUCCCCAGCCGCUUCAAGUUCAAGGAGUACUGCCCCAUGGUGUUCCGAAACCUCAGGGAGAGGUUUGGCAUUGAUGACCAGGAUUACCAGAAUUCAGUGACACGCAGUGCACCCAUCAACAGUGACAGCCAGGGCAGGUGUGGCACACGCUUCCUCACCACCUACGACCGGCGUUUUGUCAUCAAGACUGUGUCAAGUGAGGAUGUGGCCGAGAUGCACAACAUCCUAAAGAAAUACCACCAGUUCAUAGUGGAGUGUCACGGGAAUACCCUCUUGCCACAGUUCCUGGGCAUGUACCGCCUGACCGUGGAUGGUGUGGAAACGUACAUGGUGGUCACCAGGAACGUAUUCAGUCAUCGGCUUACAGUACAUCGAAAAUACGACCUCAAGGGUUCCACUGUUGCCAGAGAAGCCAGUGACAAGGAAAAGGCUAAGGACUUGCCAACAUUCAAAGAUAAUGACUUCCUCAACGAAGGGCAGAAGCUGCACGUGGGAGAAGAGAGUAAAAAGAACUUCCUGGAAAAACUGAAGCGGGACGUUGAGUUCUUGGCCCAGCUGAAGAUCAUGGACUACAGUCUCCUGGUGGGCAUCCAUGACGUAGACCGGGCAGAGCAGGAAGAGAUGGAGGUGGAAGAGCGAGCGGAGGAGGAGGAAUGCGAGAAUGACGGGGUGGGCGGCAGCCUGCUCUGCUCCUAUGGCACGCCUCCAGACAGCCCUGGCAACCUCCUGAGCUUCCCCCGGUUCUUUGGCCCGGGAGAGUUCGACCCCUCCGUGGACGUCUAUGCCAUGAAAAGCCAUGAAAGUGCCCCUAAGAAGGAGGUCUAUUUCAUGGCCAUCAUUGACAUCCUUACACCAUAUGACGCUAAGAAGAAAGCUGCACAUGCAGCCAAAACAGUGAAGCAUGGGGCAGGGGCUGAGAUCUCCACUGUGAACCCUGAGCAGUACUCGAAACGCUUCAAUGAGUUCAUGUCCAACAUCCUGACGUAGUCGCCUCUACCUUCUGCCAGAGCCAGACUGCUGGACAAGGGGUCGGGGAUCGGGAGAGGGAAAGGGUAUAUUUGGGCUGGAAGGGAGGGUGGGGAGCACAGUGGGGGGUCAUGAGGGCUUUAGGAAAGGGACUGCAGCCUGUGACACAAAGCAGCUCUAGAAAGGAAGAAGGGGACGUGCUGUUUGCGUGCACACAUGCUCACAGGAUGCAGCCUCACUCCCCCCUAGCACCUUGGAUACUCCCCUUCUGUCCCUGGUUAAAACAGGGUUUCCUCUUCAGCAUCUCUGUAACCUUUUAUGAUACCUGGGGGCUGGAGUUGACUUUGUGGAUUGAUUUGGGUUUGUUUCUUAAAUUCAUUGCUCUAGGAUCACUCUUUAUAAUGCUGUAUGUCAUCACCCUAGGGGACCCCCCCCCCUUCCUGUCAGGAUCUCAGUUCCCUUCAGUUAAGGCCAGCACAAGAGCCGAGAACAGCAGUUGCUCUGACACCAUGAGAAGUCAGACACCUCAGUCAGCCACGUUUUGAUCUCACCUAGAUGGACUCUUUAUUUCCUGGAGUAUUGUGCAUAAUUCCCUCCAUGUUUCCACCUCGGAUCCAAGUGAAACGUUACCUAGGCUCCUCCAUCCCGUCCUCUCGGAAGAACAUUGCAGGUUGACCCUGACGUCUUGGACCCGAGUCAGAGGCCUCAGAGGGGAACAGGUUUGUCUUCAUGAGAUGGUGAGUGACCAGAAAGCAGCUGGGCCCUCAGACAGCCGGUUCUCAAAGAACCCAGAGAUCACCGCCCAAGCUACCUGCACCUCUGAGUGGAAUUCUUAUGUCCCUCAAGCCUGCCUCCCACUGGCUCAAGGGGAACUACAAAGCAUCUUUGCAUUUAUUGGGACCCCUGUGUUUCGAUGGCUGUUACCCUUUGGGAAAAUCCCAGAAACUAAUAUAUAUUAACCGGGGUCGUGUGCACCAUGCAUAUCUUAACUACUGACCUCUGGGUGCAGUCACCUGUAACUGGCAUAUGGUCGGUCGAUGCAGAGCUCACUGCAGAGAUGCCACUCCAAGCCCCGACCUACCAUGCAGGUGUCUGGCUCCUGUGCCUGUGACUUCUCACCUGGACAGCUUUUAGCCAGCAAGGUGCUCCACCUGAGGUUGCCUGAGUCACCUGAGGAAGUGACCCAGGAAAGCCUAUUUGGAGGCCUGACAUGGGGCUUUGCCCAUCCCCCAGCCUCAGGGCUGACUGAUUUUCCUUGUUACCGGCACUCUUUCUGAACUUGGGAUGUACCUGCGGUCCUCCUUGGAAAGAGUGACAUCCUGCAGCCUCCUUCAGGAUUCCAGCCCAGGGCCUCGGAAGGGAGCUACACAAGUCAUUCUGAUGCCACCAGAGCAAGUGGUUGCUAGGAAGAAAAAUGGCCUUGUUGGCCUGCCCUUGGGAGAGGGACACUCCCUGCCUCUUCCCAACCCCCUCAGAAGGAAUCAGGAAUUUAGGAUGAGAUGGAAAUUUUGUAGAUAACCCCAAAGAUGUGAAGCUGGUUUGUGGAACUGUCUUGGGUGAACAGAUGAUUUCCGACGCCUGCCUCCCAAACUGACCGAGCUCAGUUUGGGGAGCUGGAGCCGCUGUGCCGUGUUCUGUGUCCUCUCUACCCAGCACUGAACUAAGAAAGGAAGCAACAUGUCAGUCAGUCUUGGGCUUCUCUUGGGCUGCCAAUUGGGUGAGGCAGAUGGGGGCCUACUCCUUCCCAGGAAGAGAACAGAUAAGGUUCUGGGGAGCAGAACCACGCUCUUGGGAAGGACUGGGAACCACGUGGUUCAUGGAGAAGUGAUUUUAGUGUAGGAGAGGGGUUACGUAGGAAUAAUGUCGGGACUUGAUUUCCCACCUCACAAUCAAGAGUGAAAACAUCUGGAUCUUCCCCAGGCUUGGAAGCUGAUUCUGUUGUGUUUGCAAAGCCUACAGUCCUAGCAGAGCAACUGCCAGCCGGCUAACUGCAUUAAUGGUGGGUUUUGUGGGCGUGGUUUCAUUUCAUUUUGUUGUAUAUUGUUUACAAUUUUGAGAGGUAACUUUCUGUUUCAAUCUCUUUGUUUUCCUGACAGUAUUGUUGAGUAGGUCAAAAUAUUUGAGAUGUGGUUUGAUGGAUUUUAGGUUGGUUUUUUUUUUUUUUUAAAGGUCAUUCUCUGCUCCAUCUUCAAAAACCUGGAGCUUGACUCUCUGAUUCCUUUGGCAUUCAUAUGUUUAAAAGCUAUUUAUCUUUGUUUCAUACAAGUUUUCUUUCUCUUUGUGACAAAGAUGUGCUUUUUGGCUUCAAUCUCCAAGUGAUUACACCCUCCCCCCAUUUAUCUUUUCCUGAGACCCACCAGUCACUCUCUGGGCAGCAGGUGUCAAGGGGAAGACAAGACACUUAACUUGACUCCUCAGGGCCAUGAAGAACAGCCAGACUGUCUUAUGGCACCCAGAAUCAUGUUGGGUCUUCCAGAAAUAGACAUUUAAGAAUAGAGUCCCAGACAACUGGGUGAAGUCUCGAUGCGGGGGUGGGGAGAGGGAUUGCAUUCCUGGUCCCUCACCCUGCCACCUACUAUGUAGCAGCCAGUCCCCAUCCCUCCUGUGGAAAUUGUGGAGCUGAGAAAGUAUGUCUCACAUCCAGCUGACGCAAGGGGUACUAUGAAAACUCCGACACCAAGCAAUGGGCUCAGGCCGUGUUCCCAGUCUAAGGCCGUCCCCGUCGGGGCCUUGCAGGGCAGCGCUAGGAGUACAUUUCAGUUUCGCUGCAGUGCUAAAUCUCUCCUCAUCUAGCUCAGGGGUUUACUGGUCUGUGGCUGGCGCCAUGAGUGGCUCCCAGGCUGUUCUCAGUGGCACUAUAGCCCCUUCCCCCCCCAAACAGGCAGCUCUUCCUCCCCCUUUCCCCCUUCUCCCAGUCACUUUUCUCAGUCCUGGGCUUUAGGCCUGACAGGUCCCCUAGCAGUGCUCAGUUGAGGAGAGCUGGACUCCUGUCAAGACCUUCCCUCCUCACAGUGUGCCAGGCCUCUCUGGGGACGUGGGCCAAAGACCCAGGACUGUGUCAGUAGCCAGUCCCCACCCCUCACCCCCACCCCCCCAGUUGUCUUUUUAACAAUUCAGGUUGAGAGGGAAAAACCAUUAGCUGUUUCUAGUGCUUGACCUAUUCGAGUGUUUUGGGCAGAAAGGACAGUGUACUGAGACAGCCCUCAGAGCUCUGGCCUUGAGAUUUUCCAAGUUUAGAGAUCUCAUCAGCAGUAAUGGCUGGUGGGGUAGGGGGAUCUCAGAGGGAAACACAUUUAGACAGCUACCCAAAAUCUGCCAGCCGUGGUCCCAGUGCUCUGAAACGUGCCACCUAGGAAGAGUGUCGCCAAGGGGAAAUGAGACUCAGCUGUCCUUCAGGUUGAGUCACCAGGAAGGAGGCUGAGGAGACACCAGAAGAGCCCACCCCUUGCCCAUAGCCACGUUGUGAGGUGGGAACCCAUACGUUUAGGGGGACCAUCUGCUUAGCACAUCUCAGCAGCGGGUCCGAGCAUUGCACACACAAAAUGUGAAUGAAAUCUAGAGUCAUCUUUGGGACCGCAGGAUUAAAGUACUACCCACCACAUGUGACUUGUCCAUUUCUGGCUGCAAGUUCCAUUUUUUUAAAAUAGGAAUUUUCACCCCUGUGCUUGUCUAAUGUCUGCUCUGAACAGUUCGAGCCUCUGUUACUGUUUUAAAAUGCAUGCGUGUUAAAAAAGAAUCUCCAAAUGGAGGACAAAAUAAAACUCAAAAAGCUUUGUUGUA